AGGAGUAGAUGCGGCCCCUUCACUCUCCAUAUAUAUAUACACACAGGCAUACAUUUUCAGCUCAAAAAUUGAUUUCUAGAUUAUUCGAUCGCAUCCGAUAAUCGCCGGCGAGAUCGACCAUGAAGAUUGUGGAGGAAGAAUACGUCGUCGCCGGAGACGAAACGCACCUCACGGUAAUGAAAACAUCGCUCUUCUUCUCCGGCGACGGCUUCACGGCCUACGAUUCCACCGGAAAGCUCGUCUUCCGAGUCGACUCGUACGGACCCGACGCCGCCGACGCCGGCGAAGUCGUCCUCAUGGACGCCUCAGGCCGGUGCAUCCUCACCGUCCGCCGCAAGCGGCCGAGUCUGCACCACCGGUGGGAAGGCUUCGCCGGCGAAGGCUCGGAGGGGAAGAAGGCGCUCUUCAGCGUCCGUAGAUCUUCGAUGAUCGGACGGUCGAGCGGAAUGACGGUGGAGGUGUACACAGAUCCGGCGGAGGAGUACCAGAUCGAAGGCUCCUUCGCUUGCCGGAGCUGCACCGUUUUCAACGCCGGUAAAGAGGCCGUGGCGGAGAUCCGCCGGAAAGUGGACGUCGCCGCCAAUGUGGUGCUCGCGAAAGACGUCUUCGUGCUGUCUGUCAAGCGUGGAUUCGACAGUGCCUUCGCCAUGGGAUUAGUGCUGGUGCUCGAUCAGAUCCACGGCGCCGCCGCCGACGACGGCGCGGAGGACGCCGCUAGGGUUUGCGUGGAUCUCACCACCGAGGGCUCCAAAAUUGAUACGUAAUAUUUAAAUUUCCUCCCUGUAUUAAUAUAUAAUACUCUAUUUUAUUACGUAAAUGUUUUUCUUAUUAUGAAAAAAAUGUAAAAUAAUAAUAAAUAAAUAAAUAUAAAAUAAUAUAUUAAAUGUGAAAUUAAUUGUAUUGGUACUUAUGUCUUACCG